AUGGUGCGUCGCGCACUGGCCGGUGUCCUCGGCGAACUUGCCCUAUCAAUGGUCGGUUGUCCGCCGGAGCGGGAUCGUUCCUCGGCCGCCCAAGAAGUUGACCGUCUCCUCUCCGAGUCCCAGUCCGAGAGCUCGGAAUCCCUAAACUUCCUGGUUGGCGGCGGCAGUGGCGGCAAAGCUGACCCGAGCGGAACAAAGCGCGAUGGCAGCCCCGGAUUGACACCCAACGCGACCGUUACAACCCUGCCUCGUCUGGAGGAGACGCCGGAGGUGCUGGCGGCCCGAAAACAGAUCGUCUCAGUCCUGCUGCCCCUCUUCAACACUCUGGCCUAUGACGACCAAGAAUCGGUGCGCAUCUUGGCGCUGGAGUCCACGGUAGCCUUCGCCCGAGCCCUCAGCCCAGAGGAGUGUGAGGAACACCUCAUCCCGGCGGUGCUCAAGGCCAUUGCCUUCAAAUCGUGGCGAGCCCGCUGUCUGCUGGCCAACAAAUUCACUGACCUUCAGCUCGCAGUUGGUCCCGAGGUCACCAAACGCUGUCUCCUGGUAAGUUAGGCCGUUUGAAAUUUCCCCUCUACCGAACUUGCUAUGCACUGUUUUUCAACUCAGAGACAUGCCUAGGGCGCACAGCCCCACCACCGUCAGAUAAAGUGCGUGACUGAUUUCAUGAAAUGAUGGUCGAAAUUCUGAAAUGCGUUUUCGACUAGGAAGGGUUACUUAGGUGGGGUUGUACUAUUGAUUAUCAUGCGGCAAAAUCCUAUAAUAUUUUCGACUCGCUAGGAUAUCGGCUUUCGAAUGCACUUCUUUUCGACCUCCUGAAGAAACCACACUCGGCAAAAAAAUGACUGCUUAACUAGCAUGCAUUUUUCACAUUGAUUUUCGAUGGUCUUUUAAAUUCAAAUAUAUUUUAUGGAAAACUUGGACAAAGGCAUGUUUUCUUUUACUUGCUUGAUAGAAAAUCACAUGGUCUUUACACUUUUUACCCCAAGAAAAGUUAUCUUUCGGUUUUAGAAAAUUUUCUAAUUAUGAGAUUUUUAAAAUUGUGCGAUGUCCCUACAUACAGCGUCGCACGUGUCCUUUUACCACCGCCCCUCAUAAAAUGUACAACAUAGUCCGCAUCCUUUGCAACAGUAUCUGAACUGUAUAUGGUAUCUUCUUAAAGGCGUAGAGGAAUAUAUGAUUUUCCUUACACGGAAAGCAUGCACCUUGUAGACUGCAACAGCUAAACGCUAAUGCAACGGCCGAUCAGGCUUGAAAUUAUUCGAGAAUUGGGAAACUUUCGAAGCCAAAAUAUACACUUUUUCGGUACCAAAUGUAAAGACAAUGUGAUUUUCUACCAAAUGAGUAAAAGAAUGCACACUCGAUAUGAAAGAUCGGUGCGCCCAUAGUCUGAAAACGAGCUGCACCAGUCUCGAAAAUGUUCACAAUAAACGUUACAGUUUCGCGAAGAAUUUCAUCUUUCCAAAUUAAAUUUUUUGGGAUGUUUGUUUUUCAAGUCAUAUAUAUAUAUAUGUGUGUGUUAUUAUCGACAAAGACAAGGAAGACUGGAAUGACCACUUCUGGCCUAUUAGCCGUUGUCAGGCACAACGGAACGAGUGACUUCCGUAAGAACGAUCGGUGAGUGCCCCUACCAUUUUAUUUUCCCGAUCGAAACCGACAGGGCAACGGGCUCGUGGCCCAGUGGUUAGAGGCGUGGACAGGUCGCGAGUUCGAGCCUCGGGUGUUCCACACAUCGGGGUUGGGUAUGACUGGUUGACGGCGGCUAGUAAGCCAGAAAUAGUCAUUCCAGUCUCCCUUUUCUUUGUUGGUAAUAUCAUUCUGCCUGUAUCAUGCGCCGCUGUGCGGCUGCUGGUUAGGCUCGAGAGAGAGAGUCCAUAAGACACAACGGAACGAGUUAGUUUCUUAAGAACGAUCGGUGAACGCCCCCUACCAUUGUAUAUUCCCGAUCGAAAACCGACAGGGCAACGGGCUCGUGGCCCAGUGGUUAGAGGCGUGGACUUCUAACAAAACAGGCCGCGAGUUCGAGCCUCGGGUGUGCCACACUUCGGGGUUGGGUAUGACUGGCUGACGACGGCUAAUAAGCCAGAAAUGGCCAUUCCAGUCUCCCUUGUCUUUGUCGGUAAUAUCAUUCUGCAUAUAUAUAUAUAUAUGCAAGUCAAGUGGGCGUUUGACCCUCACUGUUGUGGUUAGGAUCUCACUCGAUCCGGCGUUUCGGUGGGUUCCCCAGCGUUCUCUAUGAGGUUUCUGGUAUAUCAACUCCAGAGAAGGAUCAAUCGAAUAAAUUUAGACUUUAUUCUGUACAGGACAUGGAAUCAAGUCUGCGGGGCAUGACGUUUUAGGGUCGGAUUCGACAUUUCAGUGAACAUUUGAGUCGAAGACAAUAGACUACCGUGAAAUAGCUACGUAAUGCGCAUUCUACAAUAUAUACGGAAAGCUGAAAUUACUACUUCUGACUUCGUCAGCCUGUUUUACCCCAAGCCUCCCCCCGUCCCGGCGGACCCAACGCCCGAAUCAAGGUUAUUAGGCCAGAAGCUGUUUUCAUCGAACUACAGACCCACGUCCUGUCGACUGCAAACAGCAAUAUUCGAAGUCGGCUGAGGGUGAAGCCCACCGGCCUAUCCUAGUUGUAAGGCUGAAUCUACACUUUCCAUUUUUUCCCGAUCUCCCAGUCUACUUAAUUACUAUCUCUGCUUUGCGCUGCCACCCAUCGCCGGUGGCAGAAAUCUACACACACACGCAAAAGAGCACGGCGUUUAUUUGUCUCUCUGUGUGUGGUCGAUCAGGCGAUGUUCACGCGAUUGUUGUUGUGGCGUCCCUGCAUCACCAAUAGCGGUGGUUGCCCGGCAACGGCAUCCAUUAGUACAAUUACUAAGCGAGCUUUUUUAACUGUCACUUUAUUAAACUGAAGUCAUAGCGCCUGGUAAGCAGUAGGGGAAGUCCCUGCUAAAGCUGGCCAUUUUCCAGUGGGAGCCAUGAUUCAAACAAUUCGCAGCUCCUUCGCAUGUACACUCCACACUAUGAGCACUCUAACUUGAUUAAACUGUGGUCCAAUACACCAAGUGAGACAAGGAAAUUAUAAAUUUCUUCCCUACACUGGUGUCUUCAUGUCGGGCGCACCAAUGUCUGACAUACAGAGGGUCGGGGUGGUAUGCUGUUCCUCAUGAUUUCAGUCCAGAUGUUCCCUUAAGCCGUAUGAACAGUCUUCAUUCCUGGCACAGAGAGCAUUUCAAUUCGAAAAUACGGAACCUAGAAUUUCGGUAUUUGUGGAAGGCCACUGGCUCCAGUCUGCGCAGACCCUCCUGCACUUUUGAUCCGAUUCCCUUCCCUGCAGACGCGCUGUUAGGCGCCGAAACUCAUGAAAUAUCGACUGCAUGGGAGGGACUACUCAGUUGUAAUUUCAGUACUACUCGGCAUGGAGCAUAAUCCGAAGUUAAUUUUUGCACGACACGAAGUUGACUUUCGGACAUUUCUUCACUCACGUAUGUUAACAGUCUGCCUGGAAGAGUCGCCGCUUCAGUCCGAUGUACUCCUUUAGAUGCCCACCCAAGUCCGGUCACAUUUUGUGUAAAGGACGCACGAAAGCGUUAUUUAUUUUGAAUUUCGAACUCGAAGAGCGGGACCAUUUGGUUCAUAAUUAUGGGAAUGGUUGAGGUUCGGACGUGGAUUUUUGCAUCGACUGAAAUUUAUCGUUUGUAAAGGAGGCGCUUUUCAGCAUGUGCGCAGUCGGUAUCAAUUACGGUAUUGCAUGAACACUGGAGUGCUUCUUGAUAGGCCCACAAAUAACUAUGUAAAUUUAUUUUCGGGCUACCUUCAAACCUUACUGAAUCCGUCGCAACGAGGAGAACAAUUGUGACGCGCCGAAACUCGCGAAGUAUUGACUGCAAUUUUCAAACAGACUCCCUUCAGAUUGACAAAGUCGAGAGAUCAGGGUUGAUUAUUUGAAGAACGUAGGCUCUCCGGAACAGGUUUAUUUAACUGCUGACGUUUCAAAGAGCUGGGUCGGCUCUCCAUUGUCAAAGCGUAAACUGCACUUAAUCGAUCAGAAAUUUAAUUUUAAGUGGCAGUGUUGUGUUGCUCGGCCUCACGCUGAUCGCUUUUUCUCCCCUCUCGCUGCCUAGACCUCUCGGGAUAUGGUUGACGGGCGUUUUGCCUGUGUGCUUUGUGAGUCAACACUCCGUCGAGGGCAGCUGAUUGCAUCUUUGUUGGGCGGUCGGUCUGGCGGUUCCUGUUCU